AUGGUGAGAACAGACCUACAGAUAUGUUCCAAGCCCGAAGACUCUCUACUGAUCGAUGCGGAUACGCCUAUCCAGAGACUGCACGGCGAGAUACUUUGGGCCAUUUUCAACCUGAACACUGAUUGGGACUUACUUUCCUCAGAGGAAGCCAUCCGCACGACAUUGGCGAGUUCACAGGUCUGCCGCUCUUGGCGAGCGUUGGCACUAGGAUCGCCAUCUUUGUGGGCAUCAGUAGUGGAUAUUUCAACCUUAACUCCUGAGGGCGUGCAUGAAGUUCUGCAGUGCGCUGGAGGUCUACCCCUCUCAGUAACGGCAGGGGUCUACCGUGACGAACCGGAAAUGCGGGAGGGGAUGAUGGCGUUGGACCGAAUUUGGCCGCAGAUCCAGAGCCUUAAGCUCGAAGUUAGGGAAGCACUCGUCAGCGCACCUUCAGCUGUCUGGGAUACUUUAUACCGCCCUUCCAUCACUCUCAAGUACUUCACCUUCAGGCUCAUCACCUACUCGGGAAAUCAGUACACACCAUUUCUCCGUCGUCUCCCCGGCCUUUUCUCUGGAAAAGCGCCUCUACUAACAUCGUUUUCAAGCCCAUUUUGGGAAGACGUCAACCUGAGCGUUGCUUGGGUUUCUCAAUUACAACAUCUUUCAUUAGGCACUCAAGUAACAAGCAAGACUGGAAGUGCCAUUACGGUCUCAAUGUUGCUGGAUGCAUUGAAGAAUAUGACCUGUCUGAAAUCCCUCAGCUUCGUACCCCCGCUCGCAAUUACUGAAGAGGAACUACAAACAACACUUCCUACUGCCCGGCUCCUAUCCCUUUGUUCCCUUAGCGUUUUCACGUCCGACUACGUCACCCUCUCCUCUUUGCUUACUCACAUCAUUCCAGCUGUUGGCUGCGCCACGCGAGCGUCUAUCUGGACGUGGGAGAGUAAUUGGAGAACGACCAUCUCCGAGGCCUGUAGGACAUCCGUCGAGAAGGUACUCUUGACAUAUGCGAAGAGGUGGCUUGCAAUCAACGCCGAUCGUGACACACUCAGCCUCAACCUGCGCCGAUAUCACGUCUUCCUCGAUCAGCAUUCGAAGCGGUGGCCGAGACAUGACACUCUCAGCGUCGACAUUUCGAAUACUGUCGACACCGAGGGAUCACAAGAUUUUUUCUUCGUCCUUAGCAUUUAUCUACCGCAUCGCCUCAACCAAGUCACCGUACUCAAUUUGGAGCUCGAGUCCAAGGUCUUCUCUAAUCCACAUGUCCAGACCUUCCUUCUUUCUCUUCCCAACGUCGCCACGCUGAAUACUACCAUCCAGUCCCUAGCAGCCCUGAGGCGCGACUGCGUUAUCACCACCUCCAGUGCGAUCCCAUUUCCAAAACUCGCCCACGUCCGCCUUCGCAACCUCAGCAUACCGGUUUGGAUAAAGGCUCCGGACCCACGUGCCGAGAAAUUGUGCAAGUCGUUCCUCACCUGGCGUUCCCGGAUUGGGCAUCCAGUAGCCGUCUUCGACUUCACGAAGUGCCAGGACCUCGUCUCGAUGGCCGCGUUGGACGAAAUCAACGGGCUAAAGGUUUGUUGGACCUCUAGCACAGGCAUGCCGAUGGAAUAUAUUUGCGGGUCCGGGAACGCGUCUAUCCUUCAAAGUUGGGCCCCCAAACGUAUGUGA